GGGCUAGAGUUAUUUUCUGAUCCAUGUGAUUGUAGUCGUCCAGACUCCAGAUCGCACCAGCUAACAUCCAGGUUAAUAGAGCUCGAGAGCUGAAUUCCGGCAGUCGGUCACCAGCGAUAAAGGAGUAACUGGCUAGAGAGAAAUAGUGGAAUAUUUGAGGAAAACCCAAGAAACAGAAAGAAAAUGGCAGGGAGAUUGUGCAACGUGGCAUCACGGAUCAUGGGAGGAAACGGUGUCGUUAGCCGCUCCGUCGCCUCUUCUCUUCGUCUUCGCUCUGGCAUGGGUCUACCCGUCGGCAAACACAUCGUCCCUGAAAAACCUCUUCCAGUAAAUGAUGAACUGGUUUGGGACAACGGGACUCCGUUUCCUGAGCCUUGUAUUGAUCGCAUUGCCGAUACGGUUGGAAAGUAUGAGGCUUUGGCUUGGCUGUGUGGAGGUUUGGGCUUUUUCGCUUCACUGGGACUGUUAGCAGUGUGGAAUGAUAAAGCUUCUAAGAUACCAUAUACACCGAAAGUAUAUCCAUAUGACAACUUGCGGGUGGAGCUUGGCGGAGAACCUUAGUUAAUCUGUGCAAAGGAAUUGUAUGGUUGCUGUUUCACAUACAUGUUUCGUUUUUGUUCAUCUGUUGCUUGUGGAAUUGCAAACAGUUAAGAAAAAUAAUGGUUGUAGUUGACAUUACCUCAUGAAUCUAACAGUUUUAUAUGGUUUUGUUUAAA